UAGCUUAAGAUAACAUGGACACGUAUGUGGCAGAAUGGAAGGAUUUAAGCAGUGGAGGAAGUGGCGAUCAAUGAGUGGAUAUGUGUGAUGCAUUUUCAUUAGACACUAGAAAUGGCAAAAUUCCUAGCACUAUUCAGUCCGAAAGGAAACUGACACCUGAUCAACGCGAGUGGGGAAGGUCUACUAUUUGCCAUGGCACACAGUGCCUCCUUCCUCCGACUUCAACCCUGUGUAAACAAAUGGCCUUCCGUCCUAGAGCGGGUUCGGUGGAGAACGUGGUGUGCUUUAAUAAUGAUGCGGGAUAUGCUCAUGUGAUCACAUCUUGGAACAAGUGUAGACGAGCAGCUUUCAAUCGCAAGCGAGUGCAUUCUGAAGAGUUCGAAUCGACCUGUCUCAUUACUUACUAAACAGUGAAUUUCGUUGGGACCAUCACAAUAAAGCGUAACGUAAAGUAACGGAUUGUUUGUUGUUGCUUUACUGUAAUAGUGCUGUGAGAAAAUAUAUGCGGAUUUCUAUCGCUUUUCCAACCAAGCUUGCACGCGAAAGACGGUGAUUGUUGAAUGGAUUAAAUCCUCCAAACGCAUUGGAAAUGGAUAGUGGAAAGCAAAGCAUUAACAUUGCAAAAUAUAAUUACCCUUUUCACUAACUGCUUCAUCAACCGUGCCAGCUCCACUCCUGAUAAUGGAGCAAGUUUUAUUGCUUGUGAAUUGAUUUGAUUCGUUCGUGUUCGCGACGUAUCGAUCCCUCGCUUCCUACGAUCCAACGCUUGAUAAGGGAUCAUCAUCGCCUGCUGCUUGCCUUCUCCACACGCUUUGCACGCCAACCGCUGCGACGGUUAAUGCGUCCCGGUGACGUUUUUUAAUUACUAAUUGCAGAAGCGCGGGCUAGUGAGGAAACAGCGAAACGAUGGGAAACUCAAGUACAAAGCUGGCAGAAAAAUGUUCCCUGCUGGCGAAGAGCGAAGUGCCCGUGGUGGCAAGCUCCUUUAAGCUAGUCAGCAAAAACUCGGAACGCAUCAAGGAAGAUGAUCUCAUGAAAUUCUGGGGCUCACAGAUGGAUCCCCGGUUGGCGCAGUACAUCACCAACUUCCUGUUCGGACCGCUCGGUGCCCGGUCGCCGGUGGUCGAGUUUCAGCGGUUCGCCGAACUGUAUGUUUAUUGUGUCCGCGGCACUAUAGAUGAACGGAUCAAUGUGCUGCUGUGCAGUCUCGGGCAGCAGCCCGAAUCGGAAUCGACCGAAAUUGCGUAUCCGCUUAUCAAGGAGUACGUGGAAGCGGUCGUCAGCAGCUAUAUGCGAGCUAUCCGGCUGGAAGGUGGCCCACAGUACAAGUCUUGGGAAUCGCGAGGUUUCCGCAUCGUUAAGGAUUGCAUCCAGAAGCUGGCGGAAAGUUUAGCGUACGAUGUGGUGCAACAGGGCACGCAGAAGGUUACCCGAGCCGAUGCCGAACGAUGGUUACAUAAAAAUCCUACCUUUCUUAAGAUGCUGGAACACGUGUUCUCCCAUCUGUACCACUAUCGCAACGUGAAGAACGCCUCGGAGACGGAUGGAAACGCACGGAAAAGCAUCAUCCCACAGGAAGCACUCCAAUCCAUGUUGCCCUACUGCGAGGGUCUCCAGUAUGUGCCGGACUAUCCGGCUUUUACCGAUUUGUCGCAGAUGCUGUUUAUCAACUCGAAUCUGCCCGGAACACAGCAGAACAAGUGGCGCUUUCUAUUUUCAUCGCAAAUCCACGGUGAAAGUUUUUCCACCCUACUAGGUCGUAUUAUGGACCAGGGACCGACGGUAGUAAUCGUGGAGGACGCGAAUGGAUACAUCUUCGGUGGGUAUGCGACGGACUCGUGGGCACUCAGUCCCAACUAUGUCGGCAACGAAAACUCGUUUCUCUUUACGCUGCGGCCCAAAAUGCGAUGCUUUUCAAGCACCGGUUAUAAUGACCAUUACCAGUAUCUGAAUUUGCACCAGCAAACCAUGCCGAAUGGAAUGGGUAUGGGAGGUCAGCACAACUAUUGGGGCAUGUGGCUGGACAGCGAGUACGGUCUCGGGGAGUGUUCCGAGUCCUGCACAACGUACAAAGGAUACUUUCAACUGAGCGCUACAAAGAAAUUCAACAUACGCAAUGUGGAAGUCUGGGGUGUUGGUGAUAAACCCGUGAAGGAAGAUGAAGGGGAGGAUGAAAAGUCGGGCGCACGGUCGGUGCUGGAUGGUAAUGCAGACAGUAAGGCAAUCCUGAAAAUGAGCGGCCGGGAGCAGUACUCGGACGGGUACCGGGAGGAGCCGAAAGACUAAGGGUUGCGAAAACACGCCAGAAAGCAAAAGUGUUUCGUGCUGGGUCGCUCGAUGGAAAUCAACUUGGUGGAUGUAACGGAUACGUUCAAUUUUAACUUUCUGUAAUCGUGUUCAAAUUCGGUGCACAUCUUGACCGAUGGCCGUGGCUGCCUAAAGUCAGGGAAAAACGUGCAAUGCAAACAAACGGCAUCUGUCGUGGACGUGUCAUGCUCUGGGACAAAGUACGGGCCAAAAAGUUGCCGCGUAUGAAGUAUGUAGCGUUUUAAGAACCAAAGUCUGAAUAGUUUUCUUAAACGGGUUUACCAUUGUAACUGUUUUUGUGUUUUGAUGCUCCCUUCAUCACGUUGGGGAAGAAUUUAUUUGAUUUAUUAACGAUAAACAUAAAACAAGAUAACACCAACUUGCACCAAGAAACCAUCCGUACACCCGCACUAUAAUCACGAGACUCUUCAUCUGGCGUGAGGACAACACUAACUUGUUAGAUACUGUUUUGAUUUGAGCUUUUAGGCGUUCCACGUUUUACUCGACUGUGGGUUUGUUUAGAUCGAAACAAAGCAAACAAGCACAACACUUAAAUUAUUUCCCUUUGCACAGCAAAAAUAGCGCUGAUGAUAUCACGUAGCAGUAUCCAAGAUACGCAGUAAGAUAAGUUUUACAGAAACAUUUUGAUUGAACUACAAGCAAUGUAAAUUCGCAAAGAUAGCGGAAACCGCUCCUGGCGAGGAAAUUAAAGUAGCGUAGUAGCAUAGUGUCAGGAAAAUUUUGUUUUCAAUCUCUCUCCCUCUCUCUACCUUUCAACUUUAACAAAGCCUGGCCAUUAGACGUGCAAUGAACUAACGGUGAAUAAUUUAAAAUAUCAUUUCCAACUCCUCAGUAGAAAACGGUAUGACGUUUGUACAGUUAAUUUAGCUUAGUAAUGUGCCCUGAAUCCGUCGAUGUUGUGCAAUUAAAUCUCCCCCUAAUAGACACACACAGACACAUCCGAGGUUUUCAUAAAUAGUGCAAAAGAUGUCUAUGCAGUCGGAAAUUGGAGAUGCAGAGAUGUAUUUAAGAUCAUCGAUGUAUUUAUUUAUGUAUGUUUAAUUAUAAGGCAAUGAGUAUAGACCGCGAGGGGUUUAGUUUUGAAUGUGCCAUACAGGCGAUGCGGUAUCAAAUUCAGGUCAUCAGAAAAUAGUGCGUCAUUCGCCGCAGCAGAAUUCUAUUCAAAUUGUUUCAUAUGUGCAAAAGGAAAGGCAACAAGUAUCCCAUACUGGGAAAUCCCGUUUUCCGUAUGCUAUUGUAUGUGGCGAUCGUGACCCGCGUUGUCCGUUUAUUGAUAUGUGUGUAUGUGUGUAUUUUAUGUAGCAAUGUCGCCAUUGUUGGCUAGAUGCACGGAUUUGAAUGAAUAUAAAAAUAUAAAGCAUGUGGAUUAUUAAAACCAA